CUUUUGCACAGUAACUGAGGACCGUAUGUCUGUUUGAGCUUUUCAUGGUGUCUCAUUCGAACAAAAUCGUAGUCUCUUUAAUCGUGACUUUUGUGGCCUGAGCUUUUUUCUCUACAGAUAUCAUCGUCGUCAUCAUCAUCAUCUUAUGGUUUGCAUGUAGUGGAAGUCAAGUUCAUGUCUACAUCAGCUAUUCAUCUGUGCUAAAGGUAAUCAUGAGACUAUGAACAUGAACUAGAUAUAUGGUUUCAAGGGCUGAGUGAGACAUUUGUUCGAACACUUUGCAGAAGACCAAAAAUUUUGCAGAUAAUUUUAGUCAAGAAGAUUGGAUUUAGCCUUUGGGGGGUAUUUUUUUCCUAAGAACCGAGAACUAGACGGAAAACAGUUACAGUUUGAGAAGAAAAGGGAAGAAAGGCAAAAAGGAAGAAACUUUGGAGAGAAAUGAUUGGUGAAGCGGAAGAAGGGGUAACAUUAGAGCAUACGCCAACAUGGAUUGUUGCAGCAAUUUGUACUGUGAUUGUUGCCAUUUCUUUGGCUAUGGAACGUUUGCUUCAUGUUAUUGGGAAUGUUUUGAAGAGAAAACAACAGAAACCACUCUUUGAGGCUCUUUUGAAAGUUAAAGAGGAGUUGAUGCUCUUGGGGUUUAUAUCACUAUUGCUGACAGUAUUUCAGAAUGCAAUUUCUAAAAUCUGUGUAUCAAGUGACGUAUUAACUGGCAUGCUUCCUUGUAAAAGGGAAGACAAUAAAGAAACCGGGGAGGGCUCCAAUCAUACGACAUCACAUUUUCAGAAGUAUUUUGCUUUAACCCUGUCUGGUGGAACGAGGCACCUACUGGCUGAGACCCCUUCCACGGGAUACUGUGCUAAGAAGGGUAAGGUACCUUUGUUGUCUGUUGAAGCGCUGCAUCAACUGCAUAUUUUUAUCUUUGUCCUGGCCAUUGUUCAUGUAACAUUCUGUGUUCUCACAGUUUCUUUUGGUGGGCUAAAGAUACGUGAAUGGAAGAGGUGGGAAGAUUCAAUUGCAAAGCAGAAUUAUGAUUCAGAGCAAGUGCUGAAGAAAAAAGUCACUCAUGUGCAGCAGCAUGCUUUUAUCCAAGAGCAUUUUCAGGGUCUUGGUAAAAAUUCAAUUCUGCUAGGAUGGGUGCAUUCUUUUUUUAAGCAAUUCUAUGCAUCAGUGACCAAAUCAGAUUAUGUGACACUAAGGCUAGGUUUCAUCAUGACACAUUGCAGGGGGAAUCCCAAGUUUAAUUUUCACAGAUACAUGAUCCGUGCCUUGGAAGAUGAUUUUAAGCAAGUUGUUGGAAUAAGUUGGUAUCUCUGGGUUUUUGUGGUCAUCUUCUUGUUGCUGAAUGUUAAUGGCUGGCAUACUUAUUUCUGGAUUGCUUUCAUUCCUUUCAUUCUUCUACUUUCUGUGGGCACCAAGCUCGAGCAUGUGAUUACUCAAUUGGCUCAUGAGGUUGCUGAGAAACAUGUAGCCAUUGAGGGGGAAUUAGUGGUUCAACCAUCAGAUGAUCACUUUUGGUUCAACAGGCCUCGUAUUGUCCUCUUCUUGAUCCAUUUUAUCCUCUUCCAAAAUGCUUUUGAGAUUGCUUUUUUCUUCUGGAUUUGGGUUCAAUUUGGCUUCGACUCCUGCAUCAUGGGUCAAGUUCGUUAUAUCGUUCCUAGGCUCGUUAUAGGGGUUUUCAUUCAGGUACUUUGUAGUUAUAGCACCUUGCCACUUUAUGCUAUUGUCACACAGAUGGGAAGCUCGUUUAAGAAGUCGAUAUUCGAUGAGCAUGUGCAAGUAGGUCUUGUUGGUUGGGCACAGAAGGUAAAGAAAAAGAAAGGCGUAAAAGCUGCUACUGGGUCUGCAGCUCAAGAAAACUCUGAGCCAAACCCUUCGGUUGCAAUUCAGAUGGGGAGAGUGUUGCGCAAUGCAUCUGCUCCUGAGGAGAUUCAUCCUUCACAAGGUUCAUAAUGAGCGGUGCUGAGAGGCAGUGGAGCCAUGCUUAUAGAAAUUAUUUAUUAGGUAAUAGCAUUUGUUAUGUUUAUAUCGGAUGUAUCUAGAUUCGAGCACCAGUGGUUUGCUUUGCGUUGCUUGGUUUUUUAGUAUAUUGUGGGUAUCGGAUUCAGAUUUAGAAUGAAAUGGUCAUCAGUACAGAGUCAAGUUUGAAAACA